AUGAAAACAGUUUCGAUAAAGCAACUAGACGCAAUAAUAAUCCUAGAUAGUGAUGGAAAGAGAAUAGCAGUGAAAUAUUACAAUGACAAGUUUCCAUUUAAGGGAGAAAAUAAAAUGAUCCAUAAAAGUUCAAGUAAAGAAUCCAUGAAUUAUCACCUUGAAGAUACAUACAACAAUUUACGAACGGUAACAGAUCAAAAAUUAUUUGAAAAUGACAUAACAGAUAAAGCAAAAAAACUUGGUGGAAAUUCAAGCGAAACAGAAAUAUUAGUCUUAAAUAAAUAUAUCAUUCUCUACUUAUUAAUAAAUGAUGUUAAUAUAUAUAUAGUGGGUGACGAAACUGACAACGAAAUUAUUUUACACGAAAUAAUGCAAACGGUUCAACAAUGUCUCAAUAGCGUAACCAAUAACCAAAUUGGAAAAAAACAACUACUCGAGAAACUAGAUUCUGUUUAUUUAAUUUUAGACGAAAUAGCUGACAGUGGAAUUAUAAUGGAGACAAAUCCAAAUGUAAUUAUCAACAGACUUUACAUGAAUGAGGGAGAAUUGCAGGACCACACUCCUCUUAAUCAGGCCAUAUCUUCGGCCAAAGAAAACAUAAUUCGCAGUUUGCUUAGUGGGACCUAG